UUCUCCAAGAAAAGAACUUUCAUCUAACGGCUACAAUUAUUCCUUCAAAUCCAACCCUUCAAUAUAAAAAUCAACGCCUAACGUUAAAUCCAAGUGGCUCCAUAAUCUCAAAUAAAAACCCGGUCCUCUCUCAUCACUUUCCUGUUCAAUCUCUCUCAAAUUAUACACACUUCUCUCAACACACAAACACACACCAAAAAAAAAAAAAAAACACACACACACACACACACACACCUGCUAUAAUUAACCUGCGCACUUAUACUACGCCCCUACAGAAAUGAAGCCGGAGUUGCAGUUGAAAAUAAUAUCGAAGGGUAGAGUGAAAAAAUUCGGUUAAAAAAGAAUCCAACGGCUGAGAUUUUUAGGAAACUCGAAAGAAUGGACGGUCAGAAGAGUCAGGCGAAGCUAACAAGGACACAGUCUUCACUUCUAAGGUCAUCACCAACUAUACGUUCAUCAAUCCACAGCUUUUCAUCAAUCAACGAAUUUGGAGUUGACCAAGAACCGGAUAUUGAAGAGCAAAAACCACAUAAACCGGGUUCAACACCGGUUCAUCGUGGUUCUUUUUUCCGACCGGUUCCGGUCCGGGUUGCUCCGGUUCUGAUAUUUUCAGUUGUUUCUAUGUACACCCUUUUCGUUUUCUUUAACAGGGACAAUAUACCCACAUCAGAGAAUUUACUGUUAGCUUUGAUUUUCAUAGCGGUUUUACUGUUCUUUGCUGGUAAGAAAAAGCAGUCAAUUCAUCAAGUGUACAAUGUGUUGUUGAAUUUGUAUGGGAAAAGAUUCGGGUUUCAAAGAAACCACUCUAAACCUGUACAGUGGUUCAUUGGUGAAACAAUUAAAGAACCGAAAUCUGAGAAAGAUAACCGGGUUGUGAAGGAAGGAGUUGAAGUGUAUAGUAAUGGAGAUAUAUAUGAAGGUGAGUAUCAUAAAGGGAGGUGUAAUGGAAGUGGAGUUUACAAUUAUUUUGUUAAUGGAAGAUAUGAAGGUGAUUGGAUUGAUGGGAAAUAUGAUGGUUAUGGGAUAGAAAGUUGGGCUAGAGGUAGUAAAUAUAGAGGGCAAUAUAGGCAGGGAUUAAGACAUGGUUAUGGUGUUUACAAGUUCUAUACAGGUGAUACAUAUGCUGGUCAAUGGUGUAAUGGUCAAAGUCAUGGUAUGGGUUCUCAAUCUUGUUCUGAUGGUAGCUGUUACAUUGGUGAAUUUAAAUGUGCGGUCAAACAUGGCCUUGGGUGUUACCAUUUCAGGAACGGGGAUCGGUAUGCUGGUGAAUAUUUUGGAGACAAGAUUCAUGGUUUCGGUGUGUAUCACUUUGCCAACGGCCAUUGCUAUGAAGGGUCAUGGCACGAAGGGCGCAAGCAAGGUUACGGAAUGUACACAUUUAGAAAUGGUGACACAAGGUGUGGGGAAUGGGACUCAGGCAAUUUGAAAAUUCCAUCGCCCCCACUUACUGAUGCUGUCCUUCGAGCUGUUCAGGCUGCUAGAAAGGCAGCAGAGAAUGCAAUUAAGCUUAGGAGGGUAGAUGAACAAGUGAAAAAAGCAGUGAUGGCUGCAAAUAGAGCUGCAACUGCUGCUAGAGUUGCUGCUAUCAAAGCAGUACAAAAUCAGAUGGAGGGAAAUUUUUGUGACACUAACAAUUGAAGUCUUUUUUAGAUUUUUACAAGAAGUAACAGUUUGGUAAAUGUAAAUUUACUACGCCAAGUAUGAAUAUGUCUUUCUUAGGCCGCCACCCCGGCAAGCAAAAUGCAGCCGGUGGUUGAGUGUAAUUGCUUUCAAGUUUUACUUAACCACAAUUGUAACUUGUAUAUAAUGUCGUUUACCAUAUGUAUAUCAAUGAGAAUGAGGGCUUUUUCUCCCUUC